UUUCUUUUUUUUAAAAAAAAAAAAAAAAAAAAAGAUGCAAAAUCAAAAUGACAUUUCAGAAAGAAUUACAAAUGCACGAAGAGAAGCUGAACUAUUAAAGGAAAGAAUAAAGCAAAGAAAAGAAGCUUUAUCAGAUACAUCAUUAAAAGAAAUGGCGAAAGGCGUUGAGCCAUUAGCUCGAGUAAUGAUGAAAGUACGAAGAAAUUUAAAAGGACAUCUGGCAAAGAUCUAUGCCAUGCAAUGGUCAUCUGAUAGUCAACAUCUUGUCUCUGCAUCACAAGAUGGUAAACUUAUUAUUUGGAAUGCUUAUACAACUCAUAAAAUCCACGCUAUCCCACUUCGUUCUUCUUGGGUUAUGACAGCUGCUUAUUCGCCUUCUGGUAAUUUUGUCGCAUCUGGAGGUCUUGAUAAUACUUGUUCAAUUUAUAAUAUUAAACAUAGGGAUAAUAAUGUGGCAUCAAGUCGACCUGCCCGCGAAUUAGCAGCUCAUGUCGGUUAUAUAAGUUGUUGUCGAUUUAUAGAUGAUCGGCGUAUUUUAACAAGUUCUGGUGACAUGACUUGUCUCCUCUGGGAUAUUGAUGCAGGCGUCAAGACACAUGAGUUUGCUGAUCACCUGGGUGAUGUGAUGAGUCUUUCUAUUAAUCCGAAUGAUCCUAAUAUGUUUGUUUCCGGGGCUUGUGAUUUUACUGCUAAAAUUUGGGAUAUUAGAACAAGACGAUGUGUACAAACUUUUAAUGGACAUGAAAAUGAUAUUAACUCAGUACAAUUCUUUCCUAGUGGAGCAGCUAUUGGAACAGGUUCUGAUGAUGGAAGCUGUCGUUUAUUUGAUCUUCGAGCAGAUCGUGAAUUGAAUUGUUAUACAGAAAAAGAUAUACACCAUGGAAUAACAUCGGUUGCUUUCUCAGCUUCGGGAAGAUUAUUAUUUGCGGGCUAUGAUAAUUUUAAUUGUCAAGUUUGGGAUACUUUAAGGAGUGAGCGUGUGGGUAUUUUGACAGGUCAUGAAAAUAGAGUGUCUUGUCUAGGUGUAUCAAAUGAUGGAAUGGCUCUAUGUACUGGUAGUUGGGAUAGUUAUUUAAAAAUAUGGGCAUGAUAUAUACACAUAUGUAUUUUUGUAUACCUUUUUUAUUCAUUUUUAUUUUAUAACCUUUUGCGGCUUUGCGGAAAGAGAAAAAAAAAUAAAUUAAAUGGAUUUACCUUUCACUUUACAAACAUAUUAUAUUAUGUUAUCGAUUCUUUC